GGAGGAGAUCGCAGAGGCUCAGCGGACCAACCAGCCCAGCGGGAAGUGUCACUACUGCCUCAUGAUCAGCAAGACCUGCAAGGAGGUGACCAAGAGCAUCCCGGCUCGGGGGGGCGCAGCGCCCAAGGAGGAGCUGCUGUUCAUCAACGCAGAGGAGGAGUUCUUCUAUGAGCACGCCACGGUGAAGUUCAACUACUCGGUGCAGGAUGAAACUGACUCGUGUCUCAGCGGCCGCUGGUCCUUCGACGACGUUCCCAUGAAGCCGUUCCGCACGGUGAUGCUGAUCCCGGCCGACAGCAUUCCCACUAUCAUGGAGAAACUCAAGGAGUUUCUCACCGUCUGAAGCCCCCAAUAAACACCUGUGGACUCUGACAUGGCUCAAUGCAAACGGUUACUUACGGAUUUGUAUUUCACGUUUAGUUGUGUUGAGUAAGUAAUUGAGUCAUUAUAACUCAGCAGAAGGAAAAACGGGCGGCACGGAUCGCCAAAACAACACCCGUAUUGUUUUUUUGGGCAUUUACCCUGCAAUAUAUUGAGAUUUAACACCUAAACUCUGUUCAGUAAAAAAAAAUACGAUUUAGGUACGACAUUUGUAAAUUUGAAUUAGUCUCGGACGGCAAGAAUGCUUUUGUCUUCGGCAUAUUGUAUUUUCUAUAUAACCGUAUAAAACAAAGUAACUAAGGUCUUGACGUUCAUUGUGUUUGACUUGAAGACGACCAUGAUAGUCUAUGAAUGAACUGAAGGAGCUGGUAGGUUAAAUACAAACUUUUUAUCCCAA